UAGAGGCUUUUCGUAGUAUCCUCAGAAGACGUCCCCAGUUGGAAAAGCUGGUGGUCCUUGGAAGUCGAUUUAUUUGAAAGAGUGGUCUAUACGAAUAUGGGCUUGCAUGUUCGAAUCUUUGUCUUGUUGAUGAUAGCUUUUACAGGAACCUUUUGUACUGGAGAUACCGACUUACUUGACGUUGCAGCAAUUAAUAGUUUAUAUGUUGCUCUGGGCUCACCGCCUCUUCAAGGUUGGAAAACCACUGGGGGAGAUCCGUGUGCAGAAUUGUGGCAAGGCGUGGCUUGUGUCUUCUCCAACAUAACUCAAUUAAGUCUCAGAGGCAUGAACUUGGGUGGAGAGCUGGGCAGUAAUUUAAAUUUUCCUUCCAUCAUUGAGAUAGAUCUUAGCAACAACCACAUCGGAGGACCUAUUCCAUCCACACUACCCCUUACUUUGAGGAACUUGUCUCUUUCAAGUAACCAGUUAAAUGGAAGUAUUCCAGAUGCCCUCUCCUCUCUAACACAAUUGUCAGAUUUGUCAUUAAGUAAUAACCUUCUAGAUGGACAAAUCCCUGAUGUUUUUCAGCAGCUUACUGGCCUGAUAAACAUAGACCUGUCAGCUAACAAGUUGAGUGGUCAGCUACCCCUCUCACUGGGAAAUUUGUCAUUGCUUUCAACAUUACAUUUGCAGAACAAUGAACUUUCUGGGUUUCUUAAUGUUUUGCAAGACCUUCCUCUUCAGGAUUUGAAUAUAGAGAACAAUUUAUUCUUUGGGCCAAUUCCUCCACAAUUGUUGAGUAUCCCAAAUCUCAGAAAAGAUGGAAAUCCAUUUAAUACUACUGUCAUCCGAUCACCUCCAGCUGCAGCCCCAGGUCCUCUUGCUAUGGUCCCAUCACCUGCUGAAGCAUCUUGGAAUGUGGCAAAUAGUCCAUUUACCUUGGUUGCAGCGAUACCUGCAAGUGCUAGGAAGUAUUUUGUAUCUAAGAAUGUUAUUUGGAUUGUCAUUGCUGGGUUCUUGGUGUUUAUUGCACUAGGGGUCUGUCUUUUUAUAUUGUGGUGCUUUAAGAAAAGGCCGGAAAACAAAAAUGCUCAAAAAAGUGAUGUGGGUUUGGGCCCAGUGUCGUUGCAUAAACAUCAAUACAGUGACCCUUUGGAGAAAGCAUCUUUGAAACCAAUAAGAUCUCUUGGAUAUGGCGAACAAAAUAGAAGAACAAAUAUGACUCCAGAUGUUCAGAAUGAACAGGAAAUAUAUAUGAACAGAGUAUCAGCAAGUUCCAAACUUGCAACAUUGCAGCCACCACCAUCUAACCUUCCCAUCAAUCUUGGCGAAGAGGACCUAACCAAGCCAGUUAUGCCUACCAAAGUUACUGAAAGACAUGUUAUGACUAGUUCAUUGCAUGUUUAUACUAUUGCAUCGCUUCAGCAGUAUACAAAUAGUUUUUCCCAAGAAAAUUAUAUUGGUGAAGGCACACUGGGUGUCAUUUAUCGGGCUGAGCUCCCUGAUGGAAAGCAACUUGUAGUGAGAAAACUGGAUGCUACUUCUAUAGGACAUGAACAGUUUCUUCAAUUAGUGUCCAAUAUUUCCAAAAUUCAACAUGCUAACAUUGUGAAGCUUAUGGGCUACUGUGCUGAGAAUGGUCAACAACUUCUUGUGUAUAAUUACUUGAGCAUUGGAACUCUUCAUGAUGCACUACAUGAAGAUAAUGAACUCCAUGCUAAACUGUCAUGGAAUGCACGCAUUCAGGUGGCACUUGGAGCUGCAAGGGCUUUAGAGUAUCUGCAUGAGAGCUUCCAGCCACCUAUUGUGCAUCAAAAUAUAAAAUCAAAUAAUGUUCUACUGAAUACUGAGCUUGAAGUAUUUGUCUCUGAUUGUGGAUUUGGUCCUUUACUAUCUUCUGGAUCUGCUGGUCAGUUGUCAGGACGCCUCCUAACAGCGAAUGGUUAUGGUGCGUCAGAAUUUGAGACUGGGAGUUAUACAAAGCAGAGUGAUGUCUUCAGUUUUGGAGUUGUAAUGCUAGAACUCCUCACUGGACGAAAAUCCUGUGACAGGUAUCAGAGCGGUGACGACGGGGCAUGGUUCAUACUCGUACGAUGGUUCAUACUCGUACGAUGGAAGAUUGGAAUCAUUCGCCCCAGUAAGAGUCCUUUUUCAAGCCCGGUACUGCUAGUAAAAAAGAAGGAUGGUAGUUGGCGUUUCUGUGUGGACUAUAGGGCCUUAAAUAAGAUAACCAUCCAGGAUAAGUUUCCCAUCCCAGCCAUUGAAGAACUGCUAGAUGAGCUAGGAGGAGCCCAGAUAUUUUCCAAAUUGGACUUAAAAUCCGGUUAUCACCAGAUUCGCAUGAAGCAGGGGGAAGAGUUGAAGACAGCUUUCAGAACGCAUGACGGCCAUUAUGAAUUCCUGGUCAUGCCCUUCGGUUUGAAAAAUGCUCCCUCUACCUUCCAAUCCUUAAUGAAUGACAUUUUUAGACAAUAUUUGCGGAAGUUUGUCCUUGCUUUUUUUGAUGACAUCUUGGUUUAUAGUAGUGACAGGACAACUCACUUGCAACACCUUAGAGUUGCUUUCCAGAUCCUGCAGCAGCACUCCUUGGUGAUCAAUACGAAAAAAUGCGCCUUUGCUCAGUCUUAG